CCACCUGAAAAACGAACGAACGUACGUACGAAACCUGCAUCGUUGACUGCCGCGAGAGGAGGAACAACACCGCCGGAGUCCUGGGCGUCUAACGUCGACGCGCGUUAACGUUCCCCCCCGGUCUGUUUUAAUAAAUUCACUUUGAAAAUUUCGUUCCUACGCUGCCGUUUCCACAACGACGACGAUAUACUACGGACGCCUACGGACGCUCGACUCCGAUAUUUUUUUACGAAACGAUCGGAAAUCCCGAGGACCCGAGGGAACACCGCCGAAAGAGGCGCACGCUGGCGAAGAAUCGUGAAUCGUGCCCAGUUCAGUUUUUGAAGCGAAAAUUUUUUCUUGAAAAAAGAAGAACAAAAGAAAAAGAAAAAAAAGGAAAAGAAAAAGAAAACAACACCUACGGAUUUUAUCGCCCUGUGAAAUACUGUGAGGUUAACGCCUUGGAGAUUUAUUUUUUCUCAUAACCCGGCACCGUGCGAACUGCCGCAAUGUGCGAAACAAGAAUAAUUUAAUCCUUUCAUAAUCGGAAAGAGGUGAUCGAGUGCUAGACGAUAAACGAUCGCCCAAGAAUCACAGAAAUAUCGCAACGUUUAUUUUUUUUUUUAAUACUCCACGUUAUUUUCGGUUGAAAAAUUUAUUUAUUUAUUUAUAUGUACACGUUCGUGUGAAUUGGGAGAGAUGAAUCGACGAGUAAAUUGAUAUGAAAAAUUUGUGAUUUUGCAAAAACGAGCGAAAAAAAAACCAAAAAACCCAAAAAAAACAAUCACCACUCGUAUGUAGUGGGGAAAAAAUGUGUCGUUGGAAAUCUUUUCAAAUCGUAACUUCGAUCGAAGGAAUUCUGUUACAUCGACCUGUACUGAAAACGAUCAGAUGAGGAGGGCCCGCAGUGGCCGGUUCCGACGCGAAAACCGGUGCCCGAUAACCGCGACGUCCGGAUCGUCGAAGAUCGUCGGAUUUUUGAGAACAACGAGGCGGCGUCAGAGGAAAAUCGAGGGGGAGGACGGAACCAGGUCGGGAGGGGCGUGAGGUCGCCGGAGGAGGGCGGAAAUACCGAAGACAAAAACGGCGGGAUUAUUCGAUCGGAUCGAGGUGGGCAAGAAAAUCGGAAUUCCGGGCAACUUCCCGUUCCGGAAUACAGAAUGCCUCCGCUUUACGGCGACGAACAGGGUCAAGGUCAAACUUCACAAGGAAACAAUCUGCAAACCCACAGUAGCAAAUUUCCCAUCGAAAGAGAAGUGGUACUGUCAUCGGGCGAUAAGAAUUCCAAGAUUCCGAUUCUCCAUGAGUACAAAAAAAGACCAACCGGAAGGGUCGCCAUCGCACCGGACGCGCCCGUAAAGCAGCAAGCUUGGACUCAGGAGGAGACUCGUAUGCAGGAUAUCAGGCAGGACUACCACCAAUCGAGGAACUACCAGUCGCAGGAUCAUCAGUCCUACCCUUCGUCGACGGUUGGAUUGGCGGGUUCGUCGUCGCCCCGUUUGUCAAAGGGCGUCGUCGACGAGGAGAGAUCGAAGUCCCUGUCGAGGACGUACCACACGAUAAAGGACAUGAUAUCCAGCCGUUUCGGUCCCAGCAGGAAGGAGGCGGACGCCGAGCCGGAAUUGACCAGUCUGAACAACGUCGCGGAGGAACUGAGAAAAUCCAGCCGUAGCAUAAACGAGGAUGACAACAAGAAAAAGGAGGCGAUAUACGGCAAGCCGGGCAGGGGCCAGGACACCGCCGUCGGCAUCCAACAACAACAACAACAACAACAACAACAGCAACAACAACAACAGCAAUUGCACUACCCGAAAAACAGCUACGUCCAACAACACGGUCAGGGUUACGUUUACGCCGCCGCCGCCGCCGGACAAAAUCUCCAGAACGUUCCGCUUCCCGGUCAGCUGCAGGCGGCCGCCGUCCAGAUCCAACCGAGUCUCCCGGGUCAGAGCGCUCAGCUCCACGUGACUCACCACAUUCCGGGUGCCGGCGUGCAGACCGUCCACCAGACCCAGAUCGGCGGAUUUCCGCCCGGGAAUCCCCAAGGUCAGACAGCCGGCAGGGACUACAACCAGGUGGCGCAGAACCAGAACCAGAACCAGAACCAGAACCAGAACCAGAGCGCGGGCCACCGGCACCCGCCCGCCAAGCCUCAGCUCCAAGGUCAGGGGGUCGUCCAGGGCUACCAGAGCCCCCAGCAGCUGGUCCAUCAGGGGCAGAUGCUGCUGCAGGGGCAGCAGCAUUUCUCCCAGCAGCACGCCCAGAACUUGCACCAGAGGCAGAUCAUGCAGCAGAUGCACCAGCAGCAGAUAGCGAACCAGCAGAGGAACACGCAGCACCAGCAGUUUCAGUCUACGGCGUCCUACCAGCAGCAACAGCAACAACAGCAGCACUACCAGAUGAGACAGCCGAUUUCUAGGUCGCAGAUCGACAUUCCGGGUACGUCGAGACAGAGCGGCGUCAACCAGGAGGCGUACGGCGGUUACCACUACCAGGGGAGGCCGCGUUACGGUCUGCCGCAGGUUUACAUGAAGUCCGAGACUAACCAGGAGGCGGAAUUCCAGAGGAGGAGUUCCGCGCGUCGUAUGGAGAAGGCGGCGUCCCAGCCUCAGUUGAGUUUCGACGAGGAGUCGCAGGGUCAGAGGGUCGUCGUCGGCCCCUCGGAGGUCCUCGACAAGGAGAAGUACGAGAUAACCGUGGAGUUGACCGCGGAGCGGAACGCCGCGGAAACGCGCGACGACCGCGCCCGUCCGGAGACGAGUUUCGGCCCCAGGAGGGGCGAGCAGCAGCAGCAGCAGCAGGAUGCGGUGGCGGUGCCGGUGCCGGCCGCUGGGGAUUUCAAGGAUGUCGCGGGGAUGCCGAAACGCGUCGAGGAACUCCAGUCGUCGAGGAAGUGUCAGGACGCGGAAUCGGCGAGGAGCAGCCCGGGCCCCAAGCGGAACCAGACGGAGACGGAGGCGGCCGGGAGGUCCGGACUGGAGCGGGUGGGCGGCUACUCCGGACAGCAGGAGGCCUGCGGCAAGAGUCAGGAGUCCUGCGGCCGGAAGGACGACAUAGAGACCGGACUGAACCGGCUCAAGCUGCAGAACCACCAGGGGUCCGGCUCCGACUACGACAAGACCGGGCAGAGCUCGUCGAACGUCGACUCGGGCAGAGGAUCGGCGGUGUACUCGAGCGGCAGGAGGCCGCCGCCGGAGGACCAGAUCCACGCCCAAGGUCAAGACUCCGAGUGGGUUGAUAUCGUCGAGUCGGAACUUAGGAGCAUCUUGGAACCGCGGGACUUACCGGCGAUGGCGCACUCGACCCUUUCGGAGAGCGUGUCGUCCGUGACACCUCCUUUGCCGCCCCUGUCGCCCCAUGGGAGCCCACGGACUCCCAGAAAUCGAUACACCGCCAGUCUUCCGUACGGAUCCAAACCGAAUUACAACGAAUAUUCGAAGAGCGUCGAUCACAAGAGAAAUUUCACGAGCGUCUCGAAACAUCGGGGCGUAGCGAAUUCGUCGUCGAAAAAAGAAGCUGCGAAAAAAUUCUCCCACCUUUUCGGGAUAGAAGCCGCCGAUCUGACGUCGACGACGACCGGCCUCGAUUUGGAAUCCAUGUUGGACAGAAGCGAUUCCGAUCUCAGUACAAACGACGCUAGAACGAUAAGGAAACAAUUGGAGGGACUCGAGAACAUGUACAGUGAGGUACUGAAACUGCUCGGAGGUAGCGUUAAGAAGCGAAGAAAAGCUCGGGGAUUGGCUAGCUACGGUUCGGUGUCGUCCUUACCCACGUCAUCCGUGUCAUCCAGACCGGUCACAAGACACCACGACAAAAGACGAUCGCACAUGGUCGACGACAGGAUGAAAAAAGCCAAAGAUGUCAAGAGCAUAAACAAAAGAUUCCAGAGGCUCGAGUCCCACGUUGUCACCCUGGCGAGAUCCGUGGCUCAUUUGAGUUCGGAAAUGAGAACGCAACACUUGAUGAUCCAGGAAAUGGAGAACAUAAGGGGAGAAAUAGCUGCUCUGAGGACACAAACCAGCAUGGCUAUGGUGCGAUCUCAGUCGCAACCGUUGAUCAAAGAUUCGGAUCUACCGGCGCUAUCGAAUCCUUCGAGGGUCAAAAAAUUGACAAAAUUUUUCGGCACCGAACCACCUCUGAUAAGACUCUUUCUGCGCGAAUUGGGCUACGAGAAAUACGCCAACGCUUUCGAGAAGGAAAAAGUUGGAAUGGUGGAGCUGCCUUACCUCAGCGAGGAAAGAUUACAGAAAAUGGGUGUACCUCUUGGUCCUAGAUUAAGGAUUCUGCAGGAGGCCAGAAUAUCAGUUUGCAAGGACCCGAUCUACGUGCUCUGAAUUCCGAACCAACGAGAACUCUCCAACACCGUGACCUCUGCCCUCGGCCGCCCUCUGUCAACCUUCGAAAAAAAAACAAACAAUGGAAAACUAUCAACCGGUGCUGAGAAUCACUUGCACGUAUACCAUAGUGUUUUAUACUAUAAAGCAAAAACGUACCAUCUC